AUGGGAACAAAUGUUGAAGAAGUGGGAGAGAUAGUAGAAACAAUUGAUCUAGGGAAGAGCAUUGAUGAGGUUUUUCCAGAACUAGAGGAAGAUCAGGAAGUAUUGGUGGAAGGCUCGUUUACAUGGAGAAUAGAUAAAUGGUCCGAACUGAAAGAGCAUAAAUACAUGUCUCCUAGGAGCCAAGUGGGAGAAUAUCAAUGGGAUGUAUUGUUAUUCCCACAUGGUAAUCAUAACAAGGGAUUGGCGAUAUACCUGGAGCCACAUCCUGAAGAGGAGAAGGAUGAAACUACGGGCGAGUUGAAGCCCGUUGAUCCUGAAUGGUACUGCUGUGCACAAUUUGCCAUUGCAUUGUCAAGGCCUGAUGAUGACCAAGAGAUAAAUCUGGUGAAUAAAUCAAAUCAUAGGUUUAAUUCUCUGGAUACCGAUUGGGGCUUCGCAAAUUUUGUAGAUCUAGGAAGCUUGAAAUAUCCAUCAAAGGGGAGAAAUAGAGGGUUUUUGAAUGACGAUAAAUUGAAUAUAACUGUUUUUGUACGGAUACUGAAAGAUCCAACUGGUGUGUUGUGGCAUAACUUCAUAAAUUAUGACUCAAAGAAGAUGACUGGUUAUGUCGGUUUCAGAAACCAAGGUGCUACAUGUUAUCUCAACUCAUUAUUACAAUCUUAUUUUUUCACAAAAUACUUCAGAAGAUUGGUAUAUCAAAUACCUACUGAGAAUGAGAGCCCCAAUAAUAGUGUGCCGCUAGCUCUACAAAGGUCAUUCUAUCAAUUACAAGUAUCGAAAUUUCCACUAGACACAUUGGAACUAACCAGAUCCUUUGGGUGGGACAGUGCAGAAGCAUUCACACAGCAUGAUGUCCAGGAGCUGAAUAGAAUAUUGAUGGACAGAUUGGAGAAUAGAAUGAAAGGCACAUCGGUUGAAGGUAUGCUGAAUGAAAUCUUUGUCGGGAAGAUGAAGAGUUAUAUCAAGUGUAUAGAUGUUGAUUAUGAAUCUUCUAGGGUGGAAGAUUUCUGGGACCUUCAAUUAAACGUGAAAAAUAUGAAGGGUUUGAAAGAGUCAUUUGAUAACUAUAUUGAAAUUGAAUUGUUAAAUGGUGAGAAUCAGUAUCAAGCACAAGAUUAUGGCUUACAGGAUGCAGAAAAAGGUGUCAUAUUUGAAAGUUUCCCACCGGUACUGCAUUUGCAAUUGAAGCGUUUUGAAUAUGACUUUAAUUAUGAUCAAAUGAUAAAAGUUAAUGACAGAUAUGAAUUCCCGGAAACGAUAGAUUUGUCCCCUUAUUUGGAAGAUUCAAAAAAAGAAAAAGAAAAUAAUUGUGUAUACAAUUUGCACGGUGUGUUGGUUCAUGCCGGAGACAUUUCGACCGGCCACUACUACACAUUAAUCAAGCCUGGUUUGGAAGAUCAAUGGUAUAGAUUCGAUGAUGAAAGGGUUUGGAAAGUAACAAAGAAUCAAGUCUUCGAAGAGAACUAUGGUUUAGAUGCUUUGCCAGAUGAUAAGCUUAGAACAAUGACAAGAGAACAAUAUCAGGAAUAUGUCCUUGCUAGACAUACAAGUGCUUAUAUGCUGGUAUAUAUUAGAAGCGACAGGGAAGAUCAACUAUUGCAACCGGUUUUAGAGAGUGAAGUCCCAAAACAUGUUAUCGAGAGGGUUCAGGAAGAAAUUAAGGAGAGAGAGGAAAAGGAAAGAGAGAUUAGAGAAGCGCACUUGUACUUUCAAAUUCAUUGUUAUACCACGGAAGACUUUAUUGACUAUCAAGGGUUUGACUUAUGUGCUCAUGAGAAAUUUGGAUUUUUCUCUCAAGAUUUACAGAAACGGAAUGGUAGUAGCGGGUUAAGUAUGCGAGUGCUUAGGUCGACAAAAAUUAAAGAUCUAUUUGGAAAUAUAAAAGAAAAUCUAGAUAUUCCCCAUGAAAGAGAGGUUAGGUAUUGGAGAAUGACUAAUAGAAGGAACAACACUCUGAGACUUGAACAUCCGAUAAACUCGAUAAUGGAUAACAUUACACUUGAUGAAGCUUUAAAUUCAGAGGAAGAGGGCUUAGUAUCUUCGAUUGAUAUAUUUGUUGAGGAACCCUAUUUAGAGUUGCAGUAUCUAGUCGAACAAAAGAAAAAUGGCAACUUGGAUACGGCGAUUUUAACAAAAAAUAUGAUUCAGAAUCUAAGAAUAAAUCUCGAUAAGUUAGUACCGGCUGAAAGUAUUCCAACAGUCAUAGAUUAUAAUUCAGCCGGGCAAGAAACUCUAUUUUUGAAGAUAUUUUCCAAGAAAUCACAAAGUAUGAGAGGAUUUGGUGUAUGCACAUUAAGUCAAACUUCUAAGGUAAGUGAAAUUUCUAAUUUAAUUAAUAUUGCGUUGGAAACCAAAGAUGAGAUUUCAUUCAUUGAAGAGAUUCAACCGGGACAUAUUGAGAAAAUUGAGGGCAACGAUGAACUGUAUAUGGCUGAAUUAGGAACGGGUGACAUUUUAUGUUUUAAUGACCCCGUAAAUGACAAGAUCGACGAGGAAACUUCAAAUUCCAUAUAUCCACCAUGUCAAGAUAAUGUGGAGUUUUACCACUAUUUGAGGCACCGUGUUAAGAUUAGGCUUUCAAGGACAAAUGGUAAUGAUGGAAGUAAUGAGCAAGACACAAAUGGGGCCAAGGCUCCAGAGGCGAUAUCGCUUUGGGUUUCCGCUUAUAUUUCUUACCCUGAUUUUGCAGAAGCAGUCGCAAGGCAUGUCAAGGUGAACCCGGAAUUUUUGAAGGUGUACGCACUGUAUGCUAACGGCAGAUUUGCACUGAAAUCAAACUCUAUCUUGAAUGAUUAUUUACUAAAGGAUUAUAAUUGCGAUGAAAUACCUCCUUUUGAAUAUGAGAUACUUUCGAUGCCAUUGAAAGAGCUCGAACAUUUGAGACCUAUUAAAUUUUACUGGUUAAAAUCAAGUUAUUUACAUUUUCAAUGUAUGGAAUUAGAGGUUCCCAAUAACUGUACCAUAGGUGAAUUUCUAGACAAGGUCCAACAAAAGUUGCAGUUUACAGAUGAGGAUCGGAAAAAUAUAUUAUUGUGGACUAAUCAUAAUUCUCAGUUUCAAAAUGUCCUCGCUGAAGACAAUACCUUUAAGAAUCUAGGAAAAACAUCUUUACUAUUUGGAAGGGUUUUGAAAGAAGAGGUUGAUCUGAUCAAGGGACUAAAUGAUCCAGCCAACUCCAUGGAUUCCGGAAUUGAUAAUGAAAUUGAUUUGGUAUCUGACUCAAAUCAUCAGAGACCUGUAGUUAAUGGGAAGUUAAUCAUUGUUGGCCAGUAUUUCAAAGAUCCACAAAAUAAGCAUGGUAUUUCUUUCUUAUUUAACCUGGUACCUGGAGAAAAUUUUAUACAGACAAGAGAGCGACUACAUCAAAAAUUUGGACUUGGUCAAAGAGAAUUUGCGAAAGUUAAGAUGGUCAUUUCUUUGAAUACCUCAGACGGUACCGUAACAAAAUCUCUGCAGAACUACACUGACGAAGAGUUGUCAAGGAUUUAUUUAUUUGACAUUAUGAACAAUUUAGACUAUAUCUAUUUUGAUCAUCCCGAUAGAUUAAAGUCCCAUAAUUCCAGUGAUAGGCCGAUGGUUAUAAAAAGCUAA